GACGUAUAAAUAAGCGACAGCCAUCUUUGGUGUUUUGAUUAGAUCACUUCGAGUUCAGUGUUUAAUUUAUUUAGUUGAGAGAAGAAAAAAAUACAAAUAGAAAAUAAAAAGCAAUGUCAGGCGCUUACUCUCGGUCAAGUGGACUCAUUCAAAGACGCACUGCUGCUGUUAGUAGUACGCCUGAAACUAAUGAUGAAAAAGAAGAGAAAUUGAAUGGCGGUGAAGGGGAUGAAGAUCUCGACUCGAAAGAAACUCGCCUUACGUUGAUGGAAGAAGUUUUGUUGCUGGGUCUUAAAGAUAGAGAGGUAAUAAGCAUACCGUAACCGACAGGCGAAAUAUUUAUAAAUUAUACGAAUUGAAUUGCUGGGGUGAUAUAAAGCCCUUGGUGAAUUAGUUGGGGCAGUUACUAUUAAUAAGUAUUAAUUAAUAACAACUGAGAGCUAGCAAUCCCUUGCCUUAUUUUAGGGUGAAUUUUUAUUUAACUCCGGGAAAUAAAUUAACCCUUUCGGGAUGGAGCCUUUUUGGGGUGUCUGUGCCAAAAAGACUGAGCAUUUUUUACGAACUUGGCACUCACAUUGCAAAAAAAAUUAUUUAAAAAAAGCUAUAUACUUUACUACUGACUGUACUACUUAAGGUAAUCUACUACUUGAGCGUUAGCCAAGAAAAAUCCAGCUGUUCCGGUUGGAAGGGCUAUUUAAAGAAAUAUUCUUAUAUUAUUUUGAAUGACAUUGGUUGUACGUAUUUAUUCCCAUAAUAAUAGCAAUUUUUUAAAACUAUAAAAAAUUUUGUUGAAAUGGAAGAUAAUGUAUGAAAAUGUAAUUAUGCAUAAUCCUCCCCGGUAAAAGUGCAGUUCAGGUGCGUAUAUUAUUUUUGUUUGAAUCUCUUAUUUUCCCGUGUUAAUUUAUGUUAAUUCUUUAUAAAAAGUAUUUUAAAAGUUAUAUACCAUCUUUUUAUUGGAAUACAACAACAAUUUAACAAAUUUUACGAGAUAAAAAAAGUACAUUUUUAUGAAUCUUUCGUGUUUUACGGAGCCAUUGUGGUAAAUCAAGGAUAACUCUUCUGUCUUUAAAGAUACUUUAUAAAAGUUGCCCAAUUGGAUGAAUCUUGUUAAAAUAAAUGAUGUAUUUAUUUUAUAACUUUACUAUCAACUAUAACCGGAGUUGUCUGGGGCUGCAUUCAGAAAAAACCAUCUGCUACGUCCUUUUAGUUCACAUUGUUAUUAAAGGAAAUGUCAACAGCAAAACAACAACACUAUAGUAAAAAUAAUAAUAAUUAAUUUGUCUCCUAUUAAAAACAAGUAAAAUAACUUAUGUAAACCUUUUGUUUUUCCCGUUUUCCGAUGGCACCCGGAAGGAUCAUGAUGGGAUCCCGAACCCGAUGUGAUUCCGAUAGAAUCCUGGUCAUGGUGGGAUACCGAUCCCGGUGAGAUCCAUUUCUGGUGUUAUCCCAAACUAAAUGAGAUCUUAAUCCGGUGGGAUCCCGUUUCCGUGAGAUUCCGAUCCCGAUAGCAUUUUGAUCCCAGUGAGAUCCUGAUCCCGGUGGGAUCCUGAUCCAGUGGGUUACCGAUCCUGGCGGGAUACCGGUUACGGUGAGAUCCCGUUUCGGGUGAGAUCCCGUUUCGGGUGAUAUGCAGAUCCUGGUAAUUAUGGGGAGCUCACAUACUUGACAUACGAACCCAGCUUACAAGCCACAUUGCAAUUGUUACGAGCGCCUUAGGAGAAAUUCCAGUUGUAUUAACGUUAUUUGUUGCCCAACAAGGUGUGCGUUUAAACCAAAUGCUGCACCAUUUAAAAAUGCCUGUUGCAUCAACAAUUUUAGUUAUUGUUUCUUAGUCGUCCUGCAAUUUUAAAAAAAUGAUCCUACAACCAGCAAUACCGCAAAGCCAAAACGAGUCCGUCUUAUAAUAUAAAAAAAAUAAUCACUAGCCCUCACUUUACUCAGCGCAAAUCAGUCAACAGUAAUAAGCGCAUUUGCAUACGAAAAAAGAGGAGGGGUGCUCAAAUUAGAGCUGACCAAUCACGGACAGCGUAUUAGCAGCCUUCAGGGUGAUCAGCUUCACACCAGGUCCAGGACAAUGAUGACGUGCGUGUCCACUGCUUAGUCAGUGAUCCACUUCUAAUCCCCGACUCGACUUCAAAGGACAACCCCCAUCAUCCGCGCUCUCUGAGCGGGAAAAAAAAGAAGAAAGUUUGGGGGGGGUUUUGAAAAUUUCGUUUAGCAUACUAACUUAUAGGUGGCUAAAAAUCUGGCAUAGCGUAAAAAGAAAAAUACAAACAAAUGGGGGCUGUGUCACUUUGGUUGGGGGAUGUUUAAAGACUCUUUAGAAGUAAAAUAAAAAGAAAAGAUGCGAUUUAUAAUUCAGAAUUAGUUAACUAUAACUGCCUGUAUUAAAUUAUUAAAAAAUACACGUAAGUUUACAUGUUAAAAAAUUUUUAAAAUACGAAAUGCGCUAAGAAAUAAUAUACGCACCUGAACUGCACUUUUACCUUCUCCCCCAAGUUGACAAUGAAGUUUAAAAAAAUAUAAUUCCCACGAAAAUGGUUGUGGUACAUGAAUCCACGUAAAUUUUAAGCUUGCAGAAAAUUGAAUAAGCUAAUAAAAUAUUUAGGUAUUUUGAAAGACGCACGCGCAUCCCUUCUGCGCAGUCGAAAAAUUACGGAAAAACUUUUGUAGCCAUUUCACAAUCAGCUGUGUGGUGUACUCGGAUUUUUGCAUUCUACGUCACAGUUUCCUCAUUAUACAUUUGUUUUGUUAUCGAUUACAUCAAAUAUUUGUCUUACGGUGAUGCUCAUACAAUUUACCCAACGAGGGGAACCCCCGUUUUUUUUAUGUCACUUUUUGACUAUCGGUAAGUUGAAAGUGAUUAUAAAAUACUUAUUUGGAGCAUUUCAUACAUGAUUAAAACCCAAAAGCUCAUGUUCACCAUCUAAUUUGGAUUGCUAAUAACUUUUAAAUAGUCAAUUUACCCCGUUCCGUUGAAUUUUAUCGCUCUCCACAUGUAAGAUCAACACCCCAUCACUGGAAAUAAAAUGGUCGACUUUUUUUUUUUCACCAGGAUGAUGGAAGCGGCUCUAAAUAACAUUCAAUAAUAGUUUAAUACUUUUGUCAUCUUUAAACAUCUGAAUAAAUCUAAAACAAUUAGUAAAAGUUAGUUAUAAAAUUCAUAGUAAUGGAUAAGAUGGUACAAAUAAAUUGAAAUUAUGAAUAUUAAAUUGAUGGGAACUUGCUUUUUAAUUAAAAUAAUACAAAUCCGAGAACUACCUGCACCGGUAAUAGUUAAGCUUAAUUGGCGUAACACUAAUAAACUAAUACAAUUCUAUUACAACAACUGCAAUUAAAGCCAAAAUUUAAAUAGUAUUUUAAAAUUAAAUACGAAGUAUCUACACGUCCGGCGCGCCGAACAAAUAGUGCAGGAGAUAUACAUCCGGCGGGCAUGUCACGUGACCGCCGGACGACUAGUAGGCAUUAUUAUUCGGGCAAGUGUGACAAGUGGUCGCCGCAAAAUGGUUGCAUUGCAUUUGAUAUUCCGAUCCCUAGAUAAUAAAUAAAUGCUGAACAUGUUAAUAUAUUCAAAUUUAGGGGUGUGCCGGAAUCCGGUUCCGCCGGAUUUUGCACUAUCCGGUGAAAUCCGGUUCCACCGGAUUUACAUGUAUCCGGAACAGCCGGAAUCCGGAAUAUACCGGAUUUCGGAAUUUGCCAGAUUUUGUGACUCACCGGAUCAUAAUCUGAAAUAAAAGUAAUUCUCUUUCCCGAAUUCCACACGAUCACGAUUGUUACGCUCUGACUUGUGUUGGGAGAAAUUAAUCUCCUAUUUUAAUUUUAAUUGGCUUGUUGUAAGCAGUGCCUAACAAAGGACGAUACCAUAGAAUCAACAAUAAUAAAGAUACGACCCAAAACAGUUUCUAGUUACAAUUAAUAAUAUUUAUUAAUUCUAAUUACAAAAGAAAAGAAAAUAUAAUUACAAUCUUCAACUUACAGUAUGGUAGAUCUUGUACCGGUACACAGUUAACACAUAAUAAUGUGCCAAUAAAUAAUGCGAAAUAAACACAUAUAAGCUCACAAAUACACAAAGAAUAAAACACGGGACUAAGCCACACCCCUUUGUGAACACAGCGUCUCAUGCGGGGUCAAAAAUAUUCCGAACAUACCAGAGGCUAGAGUCAGCACCGCUAAUAGUGGCCAAUAGUACCAAAAUCCGGAAUCCGGGAGAAACCGGAAUCCGGAUCGGAUUAUUCCGGAAUCCGGAUCCGGCGGAUUUCACAUAAGAAAAUCCGGAUCCGGUGGGACAAAACGGAUCCGGCACACCCCUAUUCAAAUGCUCUGAGAUACAUAAAGUGUUUGACUGAAUAUUAAACCAGUUGGCCUAUAUAAUAACUAGUAGUACUAUUACUACUACUAUUACUAGUCUAUUUGAUUCCGACUCUUCAAAGAAAAAAGUCCCUUAUCUUGGUUAAUACAUCUUGUAAAGCUCUACCUUGAAGCCUAAAUUUAAAAUAUGAACAAAAUAAAAUAAGACCAGUAGACUUCAAUAGACCUAUGUCAAAAAAGUUGUAUCGAAUUUCAGGAUUAGUAUUUAGUGUUGCAGGAGAAGUAGGCUAGGCUACCACCUUAAAAUUUAUUAUUUAACGCCCUCAAUAUUAUUUUUUUGCAUUCGUUUUUUUAUCACCGUAAUUCUCUCUCCCUCUCAGCAUUGCUUCCUUCCAGUAUGCGUUAUUGCUUAACCCCCACUUCGAUUUGGUAAUAUACCCAAGUAUUUUUUUCUAUUAUUUGUUUGCAAGAUACUCGGUAAAUAACUUGGUAGAGAUAUAGAUUUUAAAAUUAACAAUAGUUUUAAAUCAUUCGUGGUCACGUGACAAGGCUGACGGACAAAUAUCUCGCGCCACUUUUUACAGCGGUCAUGUGACUUGGUCGCCGGACAAAUAGUGCGGGAGAUAUACGUGCCGGAUGUGUAGACUCUGCCAAUUAAAUAAGGUAUUUAAUCAUGAAAUUUAAAAUAUUGUUAAGUACUGGUAAUGAUAUGACAUAGAAUUAGAAAAACAAUGUCUAAUUAUUUAAUUAUUAAUAAUAAAAUAAAAACGAAACUAGUUUUAAUAAAGUUAAUUAACGCAUAAUGUGAAUAAUAAUUUAUAUUAAAAAGAAAUUGUGUAUAUUUCAGGAUUAUGAUUGAAUAUAUUAUGUUUUUUUUUAAGGCUUUUUCAGAUGCAAGAGAAAAUUUUCUAUUGCAGAACUCGGAAUUCCUUCCAUCAACGAACAAGGAGGCACGUUUGAAUGUAGAUGAAAAGGAUUUUGAGUAAUUUUUAUUUAUAAUUACAUUACAUGCAUUCAAUGUUAUAGAAACAAACUACUCAUCUUUUUAUAAGUAGAAGAAUUGAUUUAAAAUUUAAAACAAGCAUAUAAUUAGUUAAAAUCCAAUAAACAAGUUAAUUUUUUUUAUUUGUCAGUAAUAAUUUUUCUGUUCACAUUUUUCUUAACAUACCCUCAAAUAAAUUUUUUCAGAACACAAAGUACUGAUGUUAUUUAAAAGUUGUGUGGUUCAUUGUGUUGUACAUUGGAUUAAGAAUGUCUCCUGAAAAUUUGGUAGCAUUGUCUUUAAAAUAAAAAAGUUGUGCGCAAAGUAAAGCAGAUAUUUGGAAAGUCGGUCACAGGUUUUCACAGUUAAAUACAAAGAUAAUUAAGGGGGUAUAAAAAAUUCACCAAAAAAAAUCAUAACUUCGUUUCUAUAAAAUCUAGAAAGAUGAAAUUGGUCUUUUUGCAAAGCUUAUAGCUAGCCAUUUAAAAUGAUAAAUCAUUUAUGGCAAUGUGACAAUAUUGAAAAUUUCUGUCAAAGUAUCUACCGUACAAUAUUUAUAAAUCAAACUGAAAUCUCAACAUUUAUGCAAAUGAGCUCUUCUGAUUUGCAUAAUUUAUGCGUUUUUUGUGUUAAACUGAGAAAAAACAUGAAUUACCGGUGUAAAUUGUGUGAAUUUUUUGAUGGAUAGAUCCUAACACAUGUGUUUUGGGAAAUGAGGCCCAUGGAGGCCCUUCAUACACCCCUGGCAUAGAGUUCUACUCCUUUUCCUGUCCCCGGUUUACUUUUGGAUUGGUACAGACAGAGCAGUCCUUUUCAUCAUUGUGCACCCAGUUAUCGUUUAUUUGAGCUGGGUGUUACUGAGAAAGCUGUCUGCAUACUUAUUAGUUGUUAUUAGUCUCUCUUACAAACAUUUGAAUGAUUUGUUGUGUAAAAUUUAGCAUAAAGUACUCAACUGGGGUGCUUAUUCCAUAAGGCAUAUUUAUAGGCUCUAUUUUUUCUAAAAAUUCAUAGGGGUCAUCUCUAUCCAAUUCUGAACCCCUAAUCCUAAAUCAAGGAAUUACAACAUUAUCUUAAACAGAAUCAGUUUGAUUGUCUUCAUUACUUUCCUGGUUGUUUUCAUUGACAGACAGCGAGAAAUCAGAAUCACUAAGCACAAUUUGAUCAGUCACUGUCAGACAUGACAUGUUCGAAUUUUACGAUAUAACUAUACACACACACACAAAAAUUCUGCACACAAAUAAAUUUAGUUCACCAUCAACGAAUGCUGCCAUUACAAUCACGGGAUGUGCAGGAAUACGUAAGAAUAAAUUUGAUUCGCUGGUACAUGCCAAGCCAGCUAAUCACUAGUCUCGAUUUAUCUGGCCGAUGGUUCGGACUUUUGUCUUUCUCGCUUGUCCACCUCAGGCCGAUAGCUCAGCCCCUAUGUCCCUACAGUGUUAAAACCUUUAAGUGGUUACUAUAACAUGUACUUUUAAAAUGUACUUAUUGUUUCCAAUUAGUUCGUAAUGUGUUUUCGGUGGUUUUAAAGGGAAAUUUUAAUCUAAAACAUGCUUUAAAAAAAUCAGGCGAUCAGUGAGUUUGUUUAUGGUCUAUUUAGCUGAAGUGUGGCAAGAUUUUUUCACAUUUUUCCAGUCUCAGGACAAAGGCAAUAAACAUGUGGCAUAUUGUUUAAAUAAGUUAAAAGAAUUUGGUAAUAAAGUAAUAUUCAGAGGCAUGAGAGUACAAUGGGCUCAUAGUCAUAGUGUCAUAUGAUUCAUGAUUAAGUAGAUGUACUAACUGAUGGUUUAACCUCAGCCCUUCCUGCCACAAGCCCCUACACAUACUCGAAUACUUUUUUGUACAGUACUAGGAACAAGGUAAUUUUUUUUUUUUAACUUUAAAAACUUAAAGUUUGUCAUGUUAUACCUCCAGUGUUUCUUCUCUUUUCUAAUGGAUUUCCAACCUUGUAUAUUAAUUACCAAUCUCUUGCAGACGGCAUCGGCAUAGGAACAUUAUUUCAGUUUUUUAUGGGCUAACACUUGGUGGGCUUGUUGAGGCUUUUAUUAUGGGAGGUGACACAGUAUAUAGCAAUUUUAAUAAAACCUGGGGGGGGGGGGGGGGGGGUAGGAGGCAAAUACCCAAAUUAAGUCUGGCGGGGAUUAGAAACAGUGAACGCACAAGAGACAAGUGAUCAGACAGGCGAGAGACCACGGGUACAAGUGAGCACAUAGCCAAUUGAACCUUUAGACGAAUUUGCCUAAUGUCUAAGUCACAUGGCCUAGUCCAAACUCACGUCCACCUGUUAGGGGUACACACACAGUCUGCAACUAACAUUGGAGACGACCACUGUGCAUACCAGACCCAAGACUGUUAACAUUGGAGACGAUCACUGUGCAUUGCAUACCAAACCCAAAACUGUUAACAUUGGAGACAACCACUGUGCUGACCAGUUAAUUGAAGAACAUCUUCUAACACCAUACAUUUGAAUAUUUUUUCUGGCACAAGAAAUAGUGAACGUUUGGAAAUUUGACAACCGUAAACCGAUACACGGGGAAGGUGCUGCCUACCCCUUCCUAAACAGAAGCAUGGCAAGGCUGUGGAGACCAUGUCUGCGGCUAUGCCAGCUCUUAUCCAUAACGUCAUAUCAGAGAAUGACCAACCUGGGAAAUAGCCCUGGGCAAAAGAUGUGAAGCGCAUGACUUGGCUAUGCAAUAGAAUUCCAACAUCAGAGAGCAACCAAUGUCCAAGCGUUGGUUGACAUGUUACAUAUCCUCAUAAUGAUCAGACCUAGGAAACGUUAGGAGCGGACCAGGGAUUAUGUUACAAAAUGUAAACCAAAGACAUGGUAGGUGUUCGUGAUCUUCUCGUACCGUAACAGCUAGGAAUGAAGAAGAAUGCCCUAGUGUCUUAGCAAGGUUUAGUACCACCUAGUGCUGGUUGAACGUGUGCCGCCCACUACCAUUAAAUUUAAAAAAAACAUCAAAAACUCUUCACUUGGCCUAAAAUGCUGCCCCUCCAUAUAAAAAAAAAAGUACCACCUGUGAUGGACCGCUCCUUCACAGCCCCCUUAAUAUGCAAAUGGAAUGACUAUUUCUUGGCAGUUGUUGUCAUCUAAUAGUAGGCAAAUCUGUUUAAAUGGUCUUUAUAGGUGUUUAAAUCAGCUUAAAUUUGAUAGGUGGGACUUAAUUAUUUAGAUGACACCUAAGUUGACGUCGAUGUGUUAAAUGAGAGGCACUGUUAGGGAUUUUAUAUAAUUAGUUUUUUCUGGUGUUCAAUUCCCUAUUGCCGUAUAUUUCAUUACUUUCCCCAUUUCAGCUCUUUGUAAAACCUACAAAAUCGUCACAAAUAUUGACACCCUUGUACCACAGAGGACCACCUUUACACAGCCCUGCAAGGAUGUUCCUACAUAUUCAAAGAUGCCUAGAACAUGAGAUACUUAUAUAUUUAAACUUGUGGAAACCCACCACUUGUUUCAAAAGAAAUAUUGGACACCUAAACAUAAUUAAAUAAAGCUAUAAAAUAAAUACAUUUAUUUAAAUCUACAUCCAAUUGGGCAACUUUUAAAAUGUAUCUUUGAAGACAGAAGAGCUCUCAUACAGAAGAGCUGCUCCCCAUCGCGACCGCUCAGAAGCAAAAAUCUGCAAAUAACACUACAUCCAUUACUCUCUCAGGUGUGCGUAUUGAGUUAGCUCAAACAGUGCGGUACCUGGGUGUCUACCUAGAUGGAAGACUAACUUUUGAAAGUCAUAUUAACAUGCUAUGCAAGGCGAUUUUUCUAGAGCUGCGCAGGAUUAGUCACAUCAGGCCCUUCCUAACAAUUGAUGCAACAAAGAGGCUGAUGUCUGCAUUUGUGCUAUCACGCAUGGACUAUUGCAAUGCUCUUAUGGUGGGUCUUCCAGCUACGCUCCUGGAUAAAAUUCAAAUAGCACAGAAUAAUGCGGCUCGCAUUGUUCUCCGCAAACGCAAGUUUGACCAUGCAAAAACACUUCUGAGAGAGCUGCACUGGCUGCCAGUGCGUGCUCGCAUGGAGUACAAAAUCGCAACUUUGUGCUACCGCUGCUUACAUGACCUGGCGCCGUCCUAUCUGAAAGAGCUGCUGACGCCUUAUGUACCCACUAGAGAGCUCCGCUCAUCCGAUAGUGGCAAACUCUCGACACCACGUGUUUGCCUUGAGACUUACGGAAAGCGCACUUUCGCAUUUGCUGGUCCAACAAUUUGGAACGCCCUUCCUGUCGAUCUUAGAAACAACCAGACACUGGAGUCCUUUAAAACCGAUCUAAAGACACAUCUAUUUCGCAAAUACCUUCUGGGAUGAUUGUCUACCUUAUUUUCCAUGUGUUGCUGUGUUGCUCCAGGUUGAAAUGGCUAGAAAGACUUUGAUAUUGUAUGCUUGUAAUUAGUUUUUGUAGUGUUGCGUUUAUUUUAAAUGUGGUGAAUUAUAGAUAUUUUUUGUUGACUUUGUACCGCGCUUCGAGCCUUUGGGGAUGAAGCGUGUUUUUGAAAUGAACUUUAUUAUUAUUAUUAUUAUUAUACAUUUACCCCAAUGGCGUUGUGAAGUAAAAGACAAAAGAUUUAUGAAAAUGGAAAUUUUUAAAAUUGUAUACCAACAAACAGAACGUUUAAAAAAUACUUCUAAUGAAGUGAAAAUGAAGUUUUUUUAUUUGUUUCACUAAAAAUAAUUGGGCUAAAACAAGGGUCUUUAUCAUAUUUAAUGCCUUUGCCAUUUAUUUGACUUACUUAAAAUUGGGUACCUAAAAUUGGACUUGGAUGAGGAGAGAGGUCAUGACAUAGUACUUAUUAUGAUUAAUAAAUAAUUACUAAUAGGUUAAUCUACUACUUCAGCAUCGGUUAUGAAAAAAAUCCUAUUACGAUUUUAAGUGCUCUUAAAACAGUUAUUUUAUUGAUAAUGAUUUUGUGGUAACAAAAAAUAAAAAUAUUACAGUACCCGGUAUCAGACCUGUUUAUCCUCAAACCCUUAAAAUCAUACAAUAUCAUCACAAUACCUUAUAUUUAUAGUAAAAAAUAAACCUACAGUAUAUAUGUUUACACCUCAAAAUCGUACAUUGUAAGCCAAAAUUUUAAGAGUAAACUGGUCUGCGGUAUUUAACUAUUUAGAGCAAACUUCAAAUUAAAAAAAUUAAACCGUAAUAAACUUUCUCUAGCUUUGGUAAUUUUUAAGCUAUGCAAUUUUUUAAAGUGCAAGUUUGUUUGGUAUUUUUACUAUGGACUGCACCUCCACUUUUUGUGACCCCAGUCCGCUUAUGGUAUCAUGCGCUAUAACUCUUAUUUAAAAUGUAAUUUUAUACUUUUUUUCUGGAUUAAUAUUACGAGGUAUUAAAAGUUAUAAUUUUAAAGUUAAUUUUAACAAUAGUGUACCGGUACAAUUGAAUCAUAUAUAUAUAUGUGAAAGUUUGUUUGUCUAUCUGUUUGUUCCACAAAGGCUUUUACAUGGAUUGAUGGAUCUUGACCAAACUUGGCAUAUAUAUCCAUCAUUAUCCAGAAGGAACUCCUAAGGGGUUAUGAACUUUUUAUAACAUUCCGUUGGGGGCCUGGGGCCCCAAAUUCGUUUUUUUCUUUAUAUGAGCUAUAUAAUUAAAGUUAACAACAAAUACUCCUAUGAGUAAAUGGAUCUUUCCAAACUUAGUACACAGACACUUUAUUAUCGAUAUUAAAAUACCGAAGGGUAUUGAACUCAUAUAAGCCAUAUAAAAUAUCAAUAGGCUUAGACAACACAAUAGUUUAUAUGUGAAUUGAUGGAUAAAGGCCUUGCCUUGUAGCAAUACCCUUUAUUGUCAGUAUUGAAAUGUCGGUGGAUUUAAAACUAAUAAUAUCCAUUCUAGAAUUUUCAAGAAAGUUCGAUUAUUUAAAAAAGCUAUAUCUAUGGCAUUUUUAAGUAGAUUUUAAUGAGACCAACUUUAAAUUUUAACUCUAUUAUUUAUCUGUCUGAUAUUUGUAGGGCCCCCUAUCGCAGACAUAGCUAAAACCGUGCAGUUGUGGAAUGGGCUCCCCGGGGCCCCUUGAUUAACUUAAAAGAAAAAGAAUUAUAAUUAUGUCAUUUGAUGAAGAUUUUUAUCGGAUUCAAAAAAUAAUUAGAAAAGUACCGAUAGUUUUUACACACGUUUCGAGCAGGUUAUUAAAUUUAAUCUAGAAUAUUCCAGAAAAGUCUAAAUUGUUACAAGGAGAUAUAUAGUGGGAUCUAAGGGAAUAUUGAAAUGUUGGUUAGUUCUAUUCAUUUCUAUACUGCCCUGGUGUUUACUGUUCUCUCAGUAUCACUGAAGAAUUUUUUGAUACGGGAUCCCAAAUGGGUCAGGAUCCCAUCAUAACCUUUAUUUUUCAUUAAAAUGUUAUAGUAUAUUUUGUGUUAACACCGUAAGCAAUCGAAUAAGAAUGACAGUGAUUGGCCUUUGUGGUCUUGGUCGCAAUAAGCCAACCAGAAUAUUUUUCUAUUUGAGAGUGCAUUAAUUGUUAGUCUAAUACUUUACUGCCCAUAUGUCAUCUAUUUUUAGCCAUACUGUUGCUUAUUGAUUAAAUUUGGCCUCAUUGCAGUUAUGCUAGUGGUUUCCCCUUGUUUGCGCAUGAGCUUUUCAAGUUUCGAAUGUAUUCGUAUUUUUUAAAUAAAAAUGAAAUUUCGUACGGUAAUACGGUACUGCCUUGGAAUUUAUUUCAGUUCAGGUUCACCUAUCAACAAAUUUAGGGGUAAGUAAAGUGUACAAUUAUUAUAAUAAUUAUUUCAAUGUAGUUUUUCUAUCUUAUAAUCGUUAGUCUUUUGAAAUAUAAUAUUAUCAUAAUUAUUUCAAUGUAGUUUUUCUAUCUUAUAAUCGUUAGUCUUUUGAAAUAUAAGAAAACUAUGUUCUAUGUGAACUAUUUUGUCCGAUGAUAAAAAAUAAAAUGGUCCAUCUAUUGUCUACUAAGGCUAACUUUUUACUAAGCUUAGCCCACGUUUUAUUCGGCUUUAAGGUAAGCCUAAUUAUAAUAAAAAUACUCAUUUGAAUAAUAGCUUCAGUAUGAGCUGUAGUUCUAACCUAUGCAAGUAGAGGAAUUUGGUUUUGAAAUUUAACAUAUGAUAUGUGACUGCUUUACUUUAAUAACGUUAAUAAUAAUUAAUAUACCUUUGUUAAAAAAAAAUGUAUCUACAAAUUUAAAAUCUAGCCUUUAAAUUAAAUAAAGGACUAGGACUAAGUUAUUUUAUUAAAUUAUUUUUCAUAGUUCAAUAAUAAUAGGGCAAAAUUAGCUUUAAAUGCCCCCAUUUAAUUUCUGAUAGUUCAAAAUUUUAUUGAUACCUUUUCCUCUGUACUUCUUUUGCUCAGUCCUACGUCCCUGCAUAGGCCUGUUUUAGGAUCUCUACCAUAUUAAUACUGGUAUAAAUAGUAUGAUAAUCUAUAUGAUGUAUGACCCUCUAUAAGCCUAAUAUGAUAAUAUUUAUAUAUUAAUUAUUUUAUGUUUCUAUAUUCAGUGUCUAGGGUUAAUAGCCUAGUUAAUAAUAACAGAACAGCAACAACCAUUAAAGACUGAUGAUGGUUCAGACUGCAACCAACCUUUAAAGACUGAUAAUGGUUAGGAGAGCAACCAAGGUUGAACAAGUCAUCACUGCUACACUGUACUAGAUUUGAUACCAAGCAUAUUUGCAGGACAGUCCUCAUAUGCCAUCUGGAGGCAAAAGGUUUAAGAAAAGUCAAUCAUCUUUAUCAGGUGUCCACAUCUUGAACUUCUCAGUAAAGCUCUGAAGUUAUGUGACCAAUAUGAAACCCUGAUUACAGAUAUUUUAUAAAGACUAAAGUGUUUACUCUUACUGUUCAUUUUCCUCGCAAGAAAAAGGAAAUUAACUCCAUGUAUUGAAAUAUGUUUUCUACUUUUUGUAGCUAAAUAAAUACAUGUUCUAGAAUCCCACAGAACUUGACACAUUGGUAAACUUUUUCAAAACUUAGAAAAUCAAGGCAAAAAACCUAAUUCUUUUUUAGUAAAUUGAUGAAAAAUUUUCAAUAUUGAUAGGAAAUUUAAUAAAUAUUUAAAUGUUUGCACCUUUAUUGGUUAAUUUUGUUGUUUUUUUGCGUUUCGAUAUUGUUUUUAAUUUUACAAAUUUACAAAGUCUGUGCAGUCAGUGCCUUUUGUGGUUGCCUAAGACCUUUUCAAAUCAAAAGACAUAAGCAGUUGAGUUGUUAUUCUGUAUUUUGAUUGCAAACCAGCAACCCCCCACCCAACCACCCACCCUCUAAACUCCUCUUAAGAGCUUGAAACUACAUUUUUGAGUGCUGAAAACUACUGACUCCCAGUUUUCCUCCCACCUUCAAUACCAAAAUAAGAAACAAAAUAAUCAGGGGGGGGGGGGAUGACACACGACUCAUCCACAGAACUCCUCUUCACACUUUCAACAAUAUAAAAUGAGAAAACAAAAACUUGCAUUUAUUAAACAAAAAAACCUAUUAAAAUCGAAAUCCUUUAAAUAUGAAGCCAUAGAUGAAAGUUGUCCUGGGGGAACCUCCAUGACCUAUGUACUGUGGAACACAUGGUCCGCCUUACAAAUAACUAAAAAUCUUUUUAAUGGCUACUUUUUUAAAAUGGCUGCCAUAUUUGAACAAACCUAUGUUAGAACAAAUCCCCAUUUCUAAUUGGCAUCUCUAGGACUUACUACCAAAAAAUUAAAUCAAUUUUAGUCCGACCAAACUUCCAUGCGACCAAACUUCUGUUUGUCCAAAAUUCCAUUCGACCAAACUAAUGUCAAUCAAUUUUCAGUCAACCUAGAUACUUUGAUACUACUCUGCAAAUGUACUUUGCAUGUCAAAAAAAUUUGAUAAAACUUGUUCUAUGGCAUAAGGCUAUGGAUUUUUUGUGUGGAAAAAUUGUAUUAUGUCACAUUUGUAAAUAAUAGCUCCCUCGUCAGUUCUGCUGUUCUGGGGAUUGUACCGGUAUGAAAUAUUUGCUACAGGUUUUUUGGUGUCACGGACAAGAUUAUGAUAACGUUUCGGUAAGCAUAUGGCUUAUAUCACAAAUAGGGUGAAUAAAAAGGAAGAGAUCAUUCCAGGGUUAAGUACCAUAGGUGGGUGUUCAAAGACAAGUUAGCGCAGUACAAUUGAGUGUUACUGGUAGUUAAUUAUUACUACGGGGUACCUAGAAAUAAGUUAAUAAAGAAUAAAUAUAAGUUUACAUGUGAAAAUAUGAAAUUCACUAAGAAAUAAUUUACCCACCUUAACUGCACUUUUAUCCAUUAAUUUCAUGGCGAACAUAAAAUAACUUUAUUGUAUCACUAUCACUCUAUCUUUAUCCUGCUUACCUGCACUAUCACUGAACCUCAGCGCUUCACGUGUGCUAGUUUGUUACUCUUAAAUGACAAAUGGAAAGCGUUAAAAAGAAGUACCAGUAGAAGAAUACGAAUUAUUUUUAAAAUACCUGCAUUGAAAAUAUUGAAAAUCCAACAUCAUCAAUCUGUGGUUACAUUUAGAAACAAAGGGCGGCUCACUCAUACAAAGAAAUAUGUCAAACGGGUCAUGACCCUUGUCCACUUCAUCCGACAAAUUUGUUAUUAAUGUUAAUGUGUUGAUGCACAAUAUAUUCAAGACUUUCUAAUUCCAUCCUUACUCUUUGGGUAGGUGAAUUUCGGCAGUUAGACUCUGAUCAUCAAAGGAUGGCAAGCAGUCAUUAAAUUUUGCAUUUUAUUUUUAUGCCAGGGUUAUUAGCUAAGCCACAGAGAUUUUGUAAGCAUUCAUUGCUUUAAAAAAAAAAAACGACAUACUAUUAUGUAGAAGAAAAAAAAAGAUGUUCUUUUGAAGAUGAGAUUUAAGCACAAUAUUUUCUUAAAUUCAUUUCACAAAGAAAGUGUGCAAAAAAUAUUUUUAAGAAGUUAGAAUAUAAAAUAAAAAAAAAGCAACAUAUUUCAGUUUUUCUUCAUUUAAUUGAAAUUCAUUAGCUUCAUAGAGUGCCUUACUACCCUUCUGCACAUAAUUUAGAGGAUUUUAGAGAUGGGCUAAUUAAAUGGAAGUGUAAGACAAAUGCAGAGAGGGAUGAAAAGAAGGAAUAAACGUGCCAUUUUGGUACCUGUAUUAAGAUUUGCUCCCCUUUUUUUAAGAAGAGCGCAACACCCAAAAUGAUUUAAAAUGCUUAAAAUAUAUUUUAAAAAAUAUUUUUCUAGGGGUACACAUCAUUUUGGAAUGACUGCAUAUCAUCUGGAUUAAGAGGCUGUAUUCUUAUUGAGCUUUCACUGAGAGGAAGAGUGGAGUUGGAGAAAGCUGGGAUGAGGAGACGAAGUCUGACCAACCGCAAAGUAAUAUGCAAAAAUGAUCAACCCACAGGAGACGUUUUGCUAGAUGAGGCUUUAAGACAUAUAAAAGAAACACAACCACCAGAAACAGUACAAUCAUGGAUAGAAUAUUUAAGUGGUAAUACGAAAUUCCAACUGAUAUAAUAUUAUGCAAAUUUAAUUAUUCUAUGGAAAUAUAACCUAUUACAUGCAUUUUUUUGACAUUUCAAGUUCAUGUUUAAUUUACUUCAAAAAUUAUUGUUUUCAUUUUAUUAGAAUUUUUAAAUCAAAAAGUAUUGGCAGCAAAUAAUGAUUUUUUUUAACUAUAGUAAACUUUGGUAUUAAACAAUCUAUAUAUAUAUGGCAUCCUUCCUUCUUCGCGAGACGAUGGAGUAGCUAUGUAGUCCUACACUUCGACGAGUGGCUCACAAAUUAAACCAUCUAAUUGUAUGGUAAACAAGACAGCUAAAAAAUUAUCAACAUUCAUUUUAUUGACCUUUAAUUCCAUUUACUACUGGAUUUCCUAACCUGCUAUGAAGUAUCAAAUUAAAUUGUAUUUUAACUUUUUUAAAUAGUUUAUUUUGAAUUCAAAAGUAUUAAAUAUUAAUAAUGAUAUUUUUUAGUUUGUUUAAAAAUGAACCAGAAAAGCCAGUAAAUUUUAAAUAUAUUUUUAGUCUAUGGAAGAAGGCUGAGAAUAUUAAAAACUUUCAUGACUAUUUUCAUUGUCUAAUUUGCUUAAGAGAGUGAUUCGUUCUUUUCAACAUUAUCAACUGGAUCUUCUAUUCAUGUUAGGUUGAACAUCUUUUCUGAUAUUUAAUCUACCGGUACCUAAUAAUUAUUUUAAGUUCAAUCUUUCAUUCACAGUUUUAAACUAUGUCAUGUACUGCCUUUUUCUUUACAACCAAUCCCCCUCCUCUACUGUCAUUACACCUGUAGUACAUGGAGGUUUUCCUUAUACUCUUUAUAUUUGACUCGACCAUCAUAUCUCUAAUAAGCAGUGAUUGUGAUUUAUACUUGGUCAACAUAUUCAUUAGGCGAGUUAAUGAAAAGAAAAAUCUCAUAGCAAAUAAAUAUUUUGAUACCCUGUACCCGGUAAUCAUUUGAGAAGGUAGCAAAGGGGAGAUUUUGUUAAAAUCUGUUAUUGUUACUAUUUUAUACUAAUGAGCAACAUAUGAAUAUAGAAGAAAAAAUAUCCUAGGUGAAAUCAGUUACCUGUAUCAAUAUAAUUAAGUGGUAUUUUUUUAAUUGAAUUAAAUUUUCUAAAUUCAGCUACUGUUCUUAAUUGUUGAUUGUUGACCCAAAUUUGUAUGAGGCAUAUUACAACACUGUAUUAGACAUGAAAAUGUAUCAAUGUUUGUAGAUUUAAAAAGAGGUGACAUAAAUAAUUGUAAAAACGCAUAUCUUUUAACUGUACAAUUAUUUUACUAAAAGAUUAAAUUUUUUAUAUAAUUUCAAGGAAUUAUAAUUUCUUAUUCACUGGGAAUACCGGUAUCAUAAUAAGAUUUUUACUUAAAUUUUUACAAGCUAUAUUUUUCAAUUGAAAAGAUAAUUUAAUGCUAUCCUAAGUAAUUAAUUGAUAUACCUGUAUAUAAUUACUAGUAAUUUUAAUUUUUUUAAAAUUUCAGGCGAAACAUGGAAUCCACUCAAACUGCGCUACCAGUUACGUAAUGUAAGAGAACGCCUGGCUAAAAAUUUGGUGGAAAAGGGUGUUUGCACAACAGAAAAACAAAACUUUCUGUUGUUUGAUAUGACCACUCAUCCUCUAACAGACAAUGUUGUCAAACAGAGGCUUAUAAAAAGAGUUCAAGAUUCUGUGCUAAGUCGCUGGACCAAUGAUGCUCAUAGGAUGGAUCGUCGCAUGUUAUCACUGAUAUACUUAGCUCAUUCAUCUGAUGUGCUAGAAAAUGCAUUUGCCCCUUUGUCUGAUGAUGACUAUGAGGUGGCUAUGAAGCGGGUGAGAGAAUUGUUGGAUCUGGACUUUGAUGCUGAAAGUAUGAAGGAGGGAACAAAUGAACUAAUGUGGGCAGUUAUCAGUGCUAUGAGCAAGUGAUUUAAAUAACUUCUAUGCGUGCUGAUAUCAUUAAGUUUCUUCUACUUCUUGGUCUUUUUUAGUGGGUUUCUUAUAUCAUGUGAUUUUUAGAUCUAUAAAGUGAGAAUAAGAUCAGAUUAAAUUUUUGUUUCUGAAUAUGUUUUCUUUAAUGGAUUUGUCAUAUUUGAUGAUUACCCGGUACACAAUAUAAAAUGUACCGUACCUAUUGUACCAUAUAUCUAAAUAUAGUAGAUACAAAUAAAUGUUUGAGGAAAGCUCCUUAUUUAUUUUAUUUCAAUUGAAACAAUCAAUAGUGCUUUCUGCUUAAAGCCAUAGCAAUAUUUAGAGAGAGAGUGGGGUAUGUUUGCAAAAGUUAGAACCAAAGCAAACUGGUAAUUUUUAAAGGUAUAAAUUAUAAAAACAAACAGAAAGGCAGAAGUAAAGUACAAGUUUUAGAAGCUGAUUGUUAUAAUAAUUUUUGGUAUUGUUCAAAUCUAUAAAUUUUUGCAUCAAGUUAGUGCAAGUGUUUAUUUUGGUCACAAACAAUAGUUUUUCUCAAAUUGUUUUUGUUUUUUUGAUGAUAGCUUCAAAACAAUAAAGUUUGGAGAGAUUUCACUGUUUAAAAUUGGGUAAAUAAUCAUAGCACUAAUAGCACCUGUUUUUUUUUUUUAAAUGAACUGUGGAACAAGAGUGUUCAGGCUUGAAAAUAAAAUAAAAGACAAUUAAGCAGACUUUUGGGGAGAUGCCUUCUUAAGCAGACAGUACAAUUGCAAUGCAAUAAACAGCAGAUAAAGUUAAAUUAAAAAUAAAUAUUAUAUUUUUGAAGAUCUCAGUAAAGACAUUGUAGUUCAAUGUUCAUGUUAUUGUCUUAUCUUUUAUUUUAAAUUUAAAGCCAAAACAUAUCUUGUUUAACUAUUUAUUUACUGUAGUGCUACAGGGCUUGAAUGCAGUCCCGUAUACCGGUAUAUACAUUUUUUGGCAGACGAAAAUUAUAAAUAGUAAUUUUUGCUAAUAUCUUAUAAAAUAUAAAAGUAAAUGCUGAGUUGAUAUACAUUAUACCGGUACUAAUGAAUAUGGAACUAACAUAUUUGUAGAAGCAAUUAUUUCUGAAACCCAAAGUUACCCAGGUGUGGUCCCUGCAGAGGAAAAGACACAGUUCUCAAUCAGUAAAUGAGGACCAAUCAGGGGCUGUUAAUACAUUACUAAGCAAAAAACUUACAUCCCCCACCCCCCGGCCAUAAACUUCUGUAUCCAGUAGGAAAAAUUCCAAAAUCAAUAACUGUCCUUUCAGUCUCAGUGUGUAUAUUAAAUAUGAAUGGUCCCUAAGCAACAUUAAAUAUUUUACAAACUGCCUUUUAUUUGCGUUAGCUUAGGAUUUUGAGUUCUUUUAGAAAAAUCCUGUUACUUGUAAAUUCUGUUUAACAGAAAUUUCGUCGACAGAAAUUUGAUUGAACGAAAGUUGGUCAAAUUUUUUUUUAAGUUCGCAUGAUCAAAUUUUCGAUAUUUGAGGAGUGAACUGAAAAUAAAAUUCAACCAAAUUUUCGUUGGAUCAAAUUUCAGUCAUGAAAUUUCUUUCAAACAAAUUUCCGGAUACGGUAAAAUCUUAUUCAAUGAUUUUCGCAACUAAUGUUUUCUUCCAGCUCAAGUUGGAAGGUAAUAUACGGUACUCAUAAUUUAACUGGUUUUAUAGAUAGGAGCUAACCCUAUUAAUUAACCUCAGUAUAACUAGAUUGCAAUGUGAUUUCAUACUCAGAUGCAAUUUUAUUUUUUAAUGUAGAUUACUAAAUUCAUUCCCUCCAAUAUUCUCUAAACUCAGUGAUCCUUAAACUUAAAGAGGAAAUGCUAUAUGUAUUUGAAAAUAACCCUGAAGCAUAACAAAUUAAGUUUAUAGUUUAUAAAGAAUGUCAGCUUUUGUUUACACAAAAAUAGCUUUUCAAUGAAUCAGAAUAGUUUUUAGAUUUGACUACUGGUACUGGGAUACUGCGGGAGUAUUACAAUUACAAGGCACCCUUGUAAAUAGGCAUAAUGUUCUAAAACCAUGGGGAUUGGUACAAUUUUGGAGGCACCUAAUAAAUCUUUGUAAAAACCUUUACGAAAUUAAUGUAGUGGCUUUGUUUCCUUUCAUUCCUAUACAUUACACUUUUGUACCAGAAUAUUGUCUUCUAAUACUUAUAUGCUGCAACAUUGGGUUUAUUAAAAAUGCCGGUAACUUGUUUAGCAAUGAUGUGUUUAGACACCCCACUUUUUCCAACUUUAUACUUUUAACUGCUGUGGACAAGAAGAACAAAUACUAGCACUAACACUAUCUUGUAAAGGUUAUUGAACAUUUCCUUUUUUCUUUAUUAAAUCUUACCCGUCAUAAUAAAAUUACACUACAAACUAAUUAACAUCUUUUAGCCUACACAUUUUUUCUUCCACCUCUUCUCAGUGAAAAGAAGACAGUUGGGGAAAUGAUUAUCUAAAUUUGAACAACUAGUUCCAAUAGUUCCUACCCCCAUACUAAAAUUAAAAAGCACAUUCUGCUGUUCAUGAAAAAUAUCCUUUUUUCAAUUUGGUUAAUUUUUUUAUCUGUAGUUUAACUUUAUAUUUAGUACCGUAUAUAAUUUUGUACAUGAAAUUUUCAGACUAUACAAUUAUUGUUUGCAUUUAAUAAUUUCCCUUCACCUUAUUAUUCUCAAAACAAUUUUGGCUGUCAUUUGCAUCAGUUUGUUGUGUUUUUCCAUGAAAGCUUAACCUACGUCCUAAUUUUUUUAGUUUAGUCUUGUUUGGUCAUUUUAUUCAAACUGUGUUAAAAUAAAAAAAUAUGUAAGAGGUGUGCAUUUGUGCCAGAUGUGUGAAAACUUGCUCAUACUGUAGUUGUGGAAAUUACAUUGGGCUGCAGUUUAAGCCACCUGUGAUUAGCUUAUAUCUGUAUCAUUAAAAAAAUCAUUUACUUGUACAAAGUGUAGAUUAUUGAUUGGGCCCAUUCUUUUAUUAUCAUAUGGUUUCAAACUGUCAUAUGGAUUGUCAUAUAUUUUCUUGAUGGUUAUUAAACCUUGUUUAUAUUUUAAAAUAUUGAAUUCAUCCUCAUUUGUGUGAUUGUUCACAUCAGGAU